AUGUCGAAGAAAAGAGGCAGGAAACGAAGCAUCGGGGAGCUGAGCGAUGCCAGUAGCCCCGACCCGAACUGCAUUCUGGGUGUGCGCAUUCAACACAACUGGCGCGAGAAGGGAAACCAGAGCAAAUGGAAGGGGACUGUGCUAGAUCGACUCAGCGUCAACCCAUCGCUCUUCAUGGUUAAGUACGACGGCUUUGAUUGCGUCUAUGGCAUCGAACUGUUCAAGGACGACCGAGUGUCCAACCUGCAAGUCCUCUCGGAAAGUGUCGUAAACAACCGGAUCAAGAUCCCCUCAGGGGCAGAGGAGUUGGUGGGCAAAGCUGUGGAGCAUCUCUUUGAAAAGGAGGACGGCGAGAAGAAUGAGUGGCGAGGGAUGGUGCUCUCCAGAGCGCCAAUUAUGACCAAUUGGUAUUAUAUCACCUAUGAAAAGGACCCGGUUCUCUAUAUGUACCAAUUGUGGGACGACUACGCCGACGGAGACCUUAGGAUUCUGCCUGAAGCAGAAAACAAGCACCUGCUGCCCGCUGACAGGAAGCCUGGGGAAGAGACUGAGAGCCUGGUGGGCAAACAAGUGGAGUACGUGACUGACAAAGGCAUCAAGAGGACCGGCCUGGUCAUCUACCAGGUCCCUGCCAAGCCUUCGGUCUACUACAUCAAAUAUGAUGAUGACUUUCACAUCCAUGUCUAUGACCUGGUCAAAACCACCUAG